UUUUUUUCAUUACAAGGAAUUGAUUUUGUUGCAUCACAAGAACUUGUUCAUGGAUAUACCUCCCAAUAAAACCAUGAGCAAAAAAGAGGCAGAGAAAGAUCAAAAGGAUAAGAUUGUGAAAGCAAGGGCCAACACCAACAGAGUAAUCAUCAGCAUCUACUCUGAAUCUCCGAGAAAACGUUUACAGCAAAAACAUAAUCCUGCCACCAAGAAAACCAUGGGAACUCGUGGCUAUGAUCGCCGGGCUCAGCUUCUAUCCUAUGCCAGCGAGCUAAGAUGCGCUGGUUCCGAGCCCAUGGAGUGGUCCAGACGGAACUCUAGGCCGAGGUCAAAGAAAUGGAAAUGGUCAAGUGGACCAGCUAGGAUUCGGGAAUCAUUUCUUAGAAUGUUUCAGCAAAAAGAACGGCAAUGGGUGUACGAGCGAAUUGUAACAGAAGAAAAUGGUGAAGCAGACCGGAUGUCGGGGUCGCAACGCAUUAAUAGCAGGAACCAAACGGGAGUCUCCGAUAGCAGAAACCCCAGUUUUUGUAAGAAAUUGACGUGUAUGAUCAUGGAAUUAAAAUGUGGAUUGCUGUGCAACAAGGGGUAAGAGCACAAAAAGCAAGAUACCAUGCUAUUUAAUAAGCAAGACUUGGUAAACAAAAACCAAUGCGUCUAUCGUUGUUUAUGCUAGUUUUAUUUGUACAUGAUUAGUGGGCAUCGCAACAAGUGCCCGUUAGUAAAUAGUAGCUGAAGUGGUAUGCACGUGCUGACAAGGAGGAACCGGAUGGAAGUGAGGGCAUGACAACUCCGUAGAUUGCAAUAUAUUAUUGGCUGUACACCUCAUAAGAAUGAAGUGCCGCCCCAUGUUUUUGUCCUCAAUGAAACAUAUUCAUUGAUUCAAUUUUAUUUCAAAAGUUAUGAAUGAUGUUCAUUGCAAUCCCUAAUUUUAUUCAAUAUCUUGCAUUUUGAUCCUUGAUUAUCAAGGAAUAA